AUGAAAGAGGUAGAAGUCCUUGAGCUGAGGGCUCAACAGGAUGGGUGUGUUUCUGCCAACAGAAAAGACGAGAAAAAGGUAUUUAAUGCCAUUUGUCGAGCGGUGCAGUUCUUCAGUCUGAAGCUCGAUGACAAACACUCGAAGAAGAGAUGCAAGAUAUAUCAGACCUGGCUGUACAAUCACACAAAGACAAAACAGAGGAGGGAUAAGAUCAAAUAUGGGAAGAAGUGGACAGCUAGGAUAGUGGUCACUCAUUAUAAGAGAAAGGAGGUGCUGCAGAGGAUCAAGGAUGAGACCAGCCUGAAGCCAGGUGAUCCCGACAUGUUCAAAUAUUACCAGGGCAUGGUGACACAGGUUGUGGAAGAGAUGCCUACUGAUGAGCUUGAAAAAGCCAAGGAGACGGCUGAAGAAUGGUCCAACAACUUCCUGCCACCCAAGAUCCAGGCCACUGUCGCCACCAAGAAGGGACCACACUACAUCACACAUGAUGAGAAGGGGGCAGUCCUGUAUGAUUUCAAUGAUAAAUUUGGAGGGGACAGCUUCACCAAGACAAAGGAGUGGUCAGACAUCCUGCCUGUGUGGCAGGAGUAUGCCAAGGAACAGUUUGGUGUUGAUGCUGCCAAGGGUGGAGGAGUCCACAAUGUUGGGUUCAGGACAAAUGCAAGGAAACCCGCCUUUGAGCUCAAGGCUGAUGGCGAUGGCAUGCCUUUGUUGCCCGAUACAACCAAAGAGAGGCUCAAGCAGAAGAAAGCUAUAAUGAGGGCAUUUCUCACUGAACACUACCGACAUUGCAGUGGAAAUGCAAAGGCUGUAGUUCCAUGGAGAGCCAUCAUGGAAUGCCAGGAUGACUUUAUAUCCAGGUUGUACCUCCCGGAUGAUGUGCAUGUGAAGGACCCCUCGAAACUGCAAAUGUCCAAGGCCACCACCUUGCCUGGUUUCUGGUAUGAUCAACAAGAGAAUGGAGUUCCACUGGCAUUCAAGUUUAAAGCAUGGAAGAAUGGCUGGGGUGAGAUGGUCAAUCUUAUUGAAACUACAAGAGCACCAGCACCUGGCUGGAGGAUAUUGAGACUGAGACCGAGUGACCCAGAAUCAUCCAAUGAUCAAUCCAUAUGGAAGGCUUCACUGGGCAGGGAGUCUGUGAGACUGCCAAUCCAUGAGACCCCACCGAGCACUGAGGAUGAUGAGAUCACACCAGUGAUUCAUCACAAAUGUGCAGUCAGCUCAAGGUCCAUGGCUGUGGCCAGGCAUUGCGCAAUAACCCUGAAGAGUGAUGUUGAAGAGCCCAAACUUGGUAGUUCUGACAUUGAGGACACACCAAAUGCACCAGUGCCAAAGGAGCGGAGGUUCCAUGAGAUCACUGCUGCAGUGGUACCUGCAUCCCUGUCUGGUGAAGACAUUGAAGUGCACGAGAACGGUGUGAAACAGGCUGGGAUCAAAAGACGGGCAAUGGGAGGCCAGCUUACAUCACCUUGUGCCACUAAGCACUCUCAUGGAGGUGAUGUAACAAAGGCCUCCAGGAGGACAACAAGGAAUAAGACUGUUGCCGAGAAAACCGAGGAAUUGCCAGGUUGGGUAACCCAAUUGAAGGGUAGCACCCGCAGCACUGCGGCGUAG